GCGAGGAUUAAGCUUGGCUGGAGGUGAAAUGCGCUGUUAGACGCGCCGCAGCCUCAGAGCCGUCGUAGCUCCGGCCGUGUGCACCGGGGAGGAGAAAUGGCAAUGGGGCUCGUAGCCAACGCUGUGGCCGCUGUCGGCGGCCUCGUCACUGGUGUCAUGAAUUUUGUCACCGGUAUGUUUCUCACACCGCCGCUCAAGGCCUCUCUCCAGCAUUUGGAGGAAACUGAACUCAAAACUUUGAAGGGAGAAAUAAAAACCCUGAGAGCCAAGUCUUUGUGGGAGAAGUCUGGAGCUGUCAUCAUGGCAGUGCGGAGGCCUGGAUGAUUUCUGUGCAGAGAGGAGGCCGCAGAGCUGUCCUCUCUGAAACCCCAGCUGGACGAGCUCGGGGUCCCUCUGUACGCCGUGGUGAAGGAGGACGCCGGCAACGAGGUCCAGAACUUCAGACCGUACUUUAAGGGCGAGGUCUUCUUGGAUGAAAAGAGACGCUUUUAUGGCCCCCGAGAGCGGAAGAUGGGUCUCCUGGCGUUCCUUCGCGUUGGGGUGUGGAUGAAUGGCCUGAGGGCCUUUAAGAAGGGCUUCGCGGGGAACGUUUUGGGAGAGGGCUUUGUCCUUGGUGGGGUCUUUGUCAUUGGACGAGGACAGCAGGGAAUACUUCUGGAGCACAGAGAGAUUGAAUUUGGGGAUAAAGUCAACAUUGAAGAUGUCAUCCAAGCUGCCAGAAGAAUACCACAGGAACUUCUGCCAUUACAGAAGAAAUAAUGCUUCGUAUUACCCCUGGUGGAGGGGGAAAAAAAAAAAA